UAUUGUAUACUCUUCUUUCGUUUUUUCUUUCCUAUUUUGCCACGUUCUGCUGUCAACCACCUCCGAAUCUCUUCCAUUACAAAUCUCCCAUGCUUCUCCCUCCAUGUUCUGGUGCGCUGCAAGCUCUUUAGAGAUUCAACGGUAGAUUUUUUCAAUCUCUGCGCCACUUUCGUAGCUACUGUCUUCAAAUUUUGUUAGUGUAUCAUUUCCUUCACAAAUUCGUCCAAUAUUUUCGGAAUCUGUCUGCUUUUCCAUCCGGUAUUGUUUUUCUUAAGAUUUGAAGCAUACCCAUCCUGUUUCUUAAUAAUUUAUGUCACGGGUCUCGUUCACAACAUGGUUUUGAGUUGAAUUUUUAAGUUCUUGGAUUGAACAUCCAGAUUGCACAGUUGUUUUGAUUUCUUGUGCCUUGAAGUUCCAUUAAUGAUAUUGAGAAGAUGUUUUGAAAGUAGGGGACUUUUUGAGCUUGAUGUUGGUUUUGAUUUUGCUGAUUUGAUGUGAUAAUGGUUGGAUUUAUAUAGUCCUCGCAUCGAUUUUAUAAUGGGUUUGAUGUCAUAUUUGGGAAGAUGGAUUAUUGUGGAUCCUGAACUGAUUGUUUGUUUAACAUGGGAAGAAGCCUUGAUGUGGGAUGAUUGAGAUGGUGAAUGGUUUCAAUGGAUAUUGAUUGAGAUGAUGACUAGUUUCAAUAGGAAUGCAUCCUUCAAACGCAGUACGUCACUUAGCCGGAGGGCCUUGAGUGUUUCAAGCACAAGGGUCUGUCGGUUGAGUUGGGUCUCGAGAUUGUUUCAAGUCCUUGUGGUGAUUGGGUCUUUGAUUUCAUUCCUCAUAGCAAUUGGUUGUGGUUAUAUGUAUGUGCUCCCAAGUCUCAGUCAGGCCUUUCAUGGGUAUGGUAUAGCCAAAUUAAAUGGUUCAUUAAGUAGUUGCAAUAUUUUUGAUGGAAUUUGGGUUCCGGAUGAUAGUUACCCAUUGUACAAUGCUACAGAAUGUCCUUUUGUAGAACAAGGAUUCAAUUGCUUGGGAAAUGGACGGAGAGAUAAAGAUUAUCUGAGAUUGAGGUGGAAACCAAAGGAUUGUGAUAUUCCAAGGUUUACUGUGAAGCGUAUAUUAGAAAUGCUUCGAAGCAAAAGAGUUGUUUUCGUUGGUGAUUCUAUGAGUAGAACACAGUGGGAGUCACUGAUAUGCUUGCUUAUGACAGGGGUGGAGGAUAAGAAGAGUGUCUAUGAAAUCAAUGGGAAUAAGAUUACAAAACGGAUUAGAUAUUUAGGUGUUCGGUUCAGUUCCUUCAACUUUACUGUUGAGUUCUUUCGUUCAGUUUUCCUGAUGCAACAGGGUUCAAUGCCCAGACAUGCACCAAAGAGGGUCAAGUCAACACUUAGAUUGGACAAGUUAGAUAAUAUUAGCAAUUACUGGGUUAACUCAGAUGUUCUCAUAUUCAACACUGGACAAUGGUGGGUGCCUGGAAAGCUUUUCCAAAGUGGCUGUUAUUUCCAGGUCGGAAACUCUUUAAAGCUUGGAAUGCCAAUUCCCACCGCCUACAGAACUGCACUAGGCACUUGGGGAUCAUGGGUUGAGAGAAAUAUCAACACAAAUCGAACACGUGUCUUCUUUCGAACUUUUGAGCCAUCUCACUGGAGUGAUCAAACUCGUAGGUUUUGUAAUGUGACCCAGUUCCCGUCAUUGGAAGAAAGAGGAAGGGACCGAAGCCUAUUCUCAGACACCGCAUUGGAGGUGGUAAAAAAUAUGACAGUUCCUAUAACCGUUCUGCACAUUACUUCCAUGUCAGCUCUCCGGAGCGAUGCACAUGUGGGUAACUCGAGUGACAGCCCAUCAACGCCUGAUUGUAGUCACUGGUGUCUACCUGGAGUACCUGAUGUGUGGAAUGAAAUUGUUCUCUCCUACCUGCUUACUGACUAUGGCUUCAUUUCUGAUGAAUGGGUGAGUAGAUGCAGGGUGGAUAAACAUGGAUUUGGUGGCCGCAGUUUUGAGCAAGCAAGUUACCAAAACCUCCAGCCUACCAGCACCAAUGGCUCAGCUCGGAAGCCAGAGAAAUUGAAUAACCUUGAUUUGAGCUGAAGUUUCUUCCCUUCAUUCCCUGUUAUUCUGCGGCAGCCACCACCCCAACUAUUCUACAGUUCUCAAAAGAUAACACCGGGUUUUCAAAAGAAAAUGUAUCAAGGAAGCUACAGUUUUGCCAUAGAAACUGAUUUUUUUUAAAUUUUUUUAAUUUAUCAUUCUUUUGUGAUUAAUCUUAUGUCUACGAGAAGGGGCGAAAAUUUUGUCUCUGAGAUGUAACAAUUGU